AAGACUUUGAACCUUGAAGCAUCGCACACUUUCGAGUCCUUAAUACAUUAUUUCUCUGUAAGACAUGUCCAACGACGACCAGCAGAUCCUGGGCGUGCUCGCUGAGUACACGAAAGACGUCCGCAACUUCACGGGAUCGAUAUGGGACGCCACUGAUGCGCAUUUUGCGCAUGUCGCCGGAUACAUCAAGAAGAGCCUCCCUGAAGGGUGGUUGCCAGAACGCGCUCGACCACGCGCGCCACCGCCGCCCCCGCAUCCCAUCACCGGCGCCUACCUACAUCGCCUGCAAGACUGGGUGUCGCGAAAUCGGGCUUUGACGGCAGCCAUCGUCGCCUUUAUCGGCACUGGGAGUUUCUUGGUAUGGAGAGAACAGAAGAAAUACAACCGCAAGCGAAGAGUGCGCCGAGCGAGCAAUGGGGCAAGAACGGAGGUCGUUGUCCUUGCCGGACCACCCAACUCGCCCAUCGUCCGAUCGCUAGCCCUUGACCUUGAAAGACGCGGCUUCAUUGUAUACAUUGUGUGCUCUACCAUGGAUGAAGAGCAGCAGGUACUUAGCGAAUCAAGAGCAGACGUGCGGCCGCUGCACCUGGACGUUGUGGACACGAUGGGCACCAAACAGGCCAUUCAGAACUUCAACGAGCUUCUUGUGAAACCGCACGUCGCUGUCCCGGGGACGAGCCCGCACAACCUCAAUCUUAGUGGUGUCAUACUGGUGCCGGACCUCAUCUACCCUACCGGGCCUGUAGAAACGGUGACCCCCGAACUUUGGUCAGACGCGCUGAAUGCCAAAGUGCUCAACACCAUCGCAGUGACUCAAGCGCUGCUGCCGACAGUGUGUGAGUUCAAAUCCAGGGUCCUGAUGCUUACGCCCAGCAUCAUUGCGUCAUUACGGCCACCAUUUCAUAGCGUAGAGACUGCGAUCGUGAGCGCACUCGAGGGGUUCCUAGCAUCUCUCAGGGCGGAACUGGGAACCCUUGGCAUUGAAGUUUUGCAAUUUCAUCUGGGGACUUUCGAUCUCACAAACGUGGGUCCGAAACAUCAUCUCCAGACCAGGGGACUUGGGAGCCCACACGCUUGGCCAGCAACUACCAGAGCGCUGUAUGCCAACAACUUCGAAGCGCAAACGCGUGUCGCGCAGAACCGGGGGUUGUUAAAUCACAGCGGCUCAAGUCUUCGGGAAUUGCACAACGGCGUAUUCGAUGCACUUACGCAAAAGCGGCCAAGGAAGGUAUGGCGCGUCGGACGUGGUAGUGUGACAUAUGAUCUGGUCGGCAACUGGGUGCCGGCUGGGAUUGUUGGGUGGAUGAUGGGGUUAAAACGUGUGUCCCUGGACACGGCGUCCGAGCCGAAGCUAGAGGAUAGCGUGCAACUGCAGUCGUGGGAGAGGAUCGAUGCGAUCGCCUAGACGACGGACCCCAGAACCUAGACAACAAGUCGACGAUGUGGAGAAUCACUGAGAUGAUCACGAUGCGCAACGUCAUAGACGGACUGUGCCUGCGGGAGUGCGUGGCAUCGGCGUGACCUGAAGAUCGCGCCUGGCGCUGCGAGAUCACGAGAUUGAGAUGGUGUAUUGGCCCAAGGACGAGCACGCAGGGCGAGCGUAGUGGCCGAUGGCAUCACGUAAAAGACCCUGAGCCCCUUGCCGGCACGGGUCUCAGCGAGUGUUCCCUGCAUGGUUAGAUUUGCAGGCACGCUGGGAAUCCAGUCGACGAGCAGUAUAUAGUCACGGCGAUAUAGGCAGAAACAGCGCGCUCUUGACAUGAAGCGUUGCAGGAACAGUGGUUCGCAGGACGGGCAGCAAUUAAAUGAGCAAAAGUCUGGAACAUGUUCCGCUCCACAAGUGCCAUGAGCAAAUGAAGUGACGCGAAGCAUGUGCC